ACUUCAAUGCAGUUCCUUGGCCUGUUUAUCCUCUUAUCCAGCAUAUGUAUAGGGACAACCAUAGCAGAAGAAACUGGACACAAUUGUUUGCAGCCAUGGGUUCACCUCAAGUCAUCAUGAUACCUUAUCCAAUGCAGGGCCAUGUCAUUCCCUUACUAGCUCUCUCCCACUCCAUGGUUGCCCAUGGCUUCAAGAUCACAUUCAUCAAUUCCGAGUCCAACCAUGACCGAGUCGUUGCUGGCUUGUCCCAGAAAGAUGGUGAUGGAGCGGAAGGGAUACAAAUGGUUUCCUUUCCGGAUGGAUUGGCACCUGGUGAAGCCCGCAAUGAUCUCCGAAAGGUGACCGAAGGCUUCUUGAGGGUCAUGCCUCGAUGUUUGGAGGAACUCAUAAACCAGAUGAACACAUCAGGAGGUGACCGGGUUGCAUGCGUUAUCGCCGAUCCGAACAUGGGGUGGGCUCUCGAAGUGGCGCAGAAGAUUGGCAUCCGGUCGGCUGCCUUUUGGCCUGCGUCUGCUGCAGUGCUCGCAAUGUUUCUGAGCAUUCCCAAGAUGAUCCAGGAUGGAAUCAUUGAUGCCAAUGGAAUGCCAGAAAGGAUUGAGACUUUCCAGCUGAGCCCUGGCAUGCCAUCUGUGAACACAAGCCAACUUCCAUGGAAUUCUCUCGGCGAUCCCGAAUCACAAAAAGGAGACUUCUUCAAGAUCAUAGUUGGUUUAAAUCAAGCAAUGCAGCCUGCUGAAACAAUCAUUUGCAACACAUUCUACGACCUUGAGUCACCAGCAUGCACCCUCUUUCCAAACAUACUGCCUAUUGGACCAUUACUCACAGGCCAACAGUUUGGAAAGGAAGUUGGGCAUUUCUGGCAAGUGGAUGCAACCUGCAUGAGUUGGCUGGAUGAGCAACCUGCUAACUCGGUCAUCUAUGUCGCAUUUGGGAGCUUUGCAGCCUUCAACCAGCACCAAUUCCAGGAGCUUGCACUUGGGCUUGAACUCUCCGGCCAUUCAUUCCUGUGGGUCGUAAGACCCGAUCUCACAGUUGGGAUAGAUGAUGCCUGGUUAGAUGGGUUUCGAGAUCGAGUCAAAGGCCAGGGAAAGUUGGUAGGAUGGUCUCCUCAACAGCAGGUACUGGCUCACCCUUCCAUUGCCUGCUUCAUUUCUCACUGUGGUUGGAAUUCAACAUUGGAAGGGGUGAAGAAUGGAGUUCCUUUCCUCUGCUGGCCUUUCUACGUCGAUCAGUUCCUCGACCAGACCUAUAUCUGUGAUGUUUGGAAGACUGGUUUGAGCACAGAUCCUGAUGACAAAGGGUUUGUUCCAAGGGAGCAGAUCAAAGAGAAGGUGGACCAAAUAUUUGGCAAUGAGGAGAUGAAGGCCAGGGCCUUGAUGUGGAAGGAUAUUGCUAAGCGGUGUACCCAGGAAGGAGGGUCUUCCUAUAAGAAUUUCAAGUCCUUCGUAGAUUCCAUGAAAGAAUGACAUGUUCAUUUGCUAAGGCACAUGAAUCUUUUGUGUUUGCUUCAUCGAACUCAAAAUUAAGGUCUGAUGAAUGUUCUAUGUAGCAUUUGGAUACAGCCAAUGAAAUGGUCUAUGUACUAAUUGAUAUUUAAGUAUCACCCUUCUUUUUUCAUUGCAGUAGAUUUUGUUUGUGAUAGGGUCUUUGAGGGAAAUACUCUGAUCUGGUAAACUGCUCUGGGGAUUUGAUUUUGGUGUUCUUGAGAUAUAAGUAAUGUAAUUGAUAGCUAGUUUAUA